AUGUCGGAGCGGAAAACCACAAGUGCUCAAACCAUCGUUAUCAUAUCUUCCCUGAUAUUGCUCAUCGUCGCAUUGGGUCUUCAAGCCGGUGGUGUCAUGUCACCAAGUUGGCAAGUUGUGGAUAUCAGAGAAUUUAGAGCCACCCAUCAUCACGGCCUAUGGUUAGAUUGUACACGACCACAGCUUCAUUUGGUGAAAACACAGAACAAGGACGACCUUCCAUUGCACUGUACAUAUAAAUUUGACAUAUCCGCCACCCAGAUUAUUGACGAAAACAUCGAGGACAUUGAUCAAAACAGCGCUGCCGGUGAAAGCGAGCAUCAUCAGUUCUUUGGAUGGCACAAAUUCACAUUGGGAUUCAUGCUCUGCGCCAUCAUUCUUGCAGCGCUAUCCCUACUCUGUGGAAUUUGUGCCCCAUGCAGCUCUGGAUUCGCGGUUUUGUACGCUAUUUUGGUGGCGUUCACAGCUUUCACUUCUACGUGUGGAGAUGCCAUUUUCUUUUUUGCUGCUCAUCGUGUCGACAGCAGAUUUGUGCAAGGACUGGUUGGAACAUAUGAGCAAGUGAUCGGCAUGGCUUUCUACCUUCACGUCGCUGGUACUGUCAUCUCUUGCUUGGCUCUCAUCAUGGCAGCAAUCUCCGCCUAUUCCCUUCUCCAAAACAACGAAUCAGAACGACAUCUUCCAAUGCGAGAAAUGGCUCCACUCCAUGAGCCACGAUUUGCCAGAGUCUAA